AUGCGGCGUUCAAUUGUCUUCUGGGCCGCCCUGGGCCACCUCGUCUCUCCGUGCCGCGCCAUCACAACCACCUAUAACGGCCAGUACGCGGAAGAAUGCCCUAGUCUUUGCAAUCACGCUGGUCCAAACCCCUCCAACUGGACGCACGUCCAUCAUCUGAGGGAGCUCAAGGCUUGCCAUCUACCCAUCAUCUUCGAUCUCAACGUUCAAGCCUUGGUCGACGACCCUCAAACCAUCCUCACGAUUCGGGCCUGCGUGUCCACUGGUCAAGAGACAUACAACACAAAAUCUCUGCCUCCGCUGCAAGACGAUGGCAGUCGAGUUGACCAUGGAAAUCUCACCAUUUCAAACAACUGCGGCGGCAAGACAGUCAAAUCUUCCGUGACUCCUGAGGUUGACGGGAGCGUGUCCCACCCGGGCUCUGGCUCGAAACCAAACGCAACGGACGUCUUGUUAGCCACCCGCCAUCUCACGAUGUUUCUGCAAAAAGCCUCUCAGUGUGGCACCACCAUCAUGUUUGCCAAGUCAAGCUCUGCUGUGGUCGGCCUCUAUUCAGGAGCUGAAGUGGCGCAGAGCUCCGUCUCUGCGAUGCUGUCGACUUUCCGUGAUCAAGCACAGCAUGGUGGCACUGCUUUUCAAGUUUGCAAGACUGAAAGGGCAGCCUUGACCUUUGGUGUCUAUGCUGCUAGCUUCCCUGAUCUCGGCGUCGUCCAAGCUGCGGUAAAAAGCUGGACAAACGGCCUUUGUCUCAGCGGCUCAACUCCCUCCGCCGGCAUGAACAUUGAUAUUCUCGUCUCAACAAUCAGUACAAACACCACAAACACUCCCCUUCAUAGCAAUUCCACCCUGGGGGUCAAGGGGCCACGUACUCUCUAUGCCAGGGCAGACUGCAAGACCCAACAGGUCAAGUUCGGAGAUGGCUGUGCCGACCUGGCGACUCGCUGCGGCAUCUCCAGCGCCAAUCUCACCAAGUUCAACCCGCAGGCAAACUUUUGCUCCACGCUCAAGCCAAACCAAUACUACUGCUGCACCGCCGGGACUCUGCCCGACAUGCGCCCCAAACCCAACCCCGACGGCAGCUGCCACAGCUACAAGGUCGCCGCAGGGGACGAUUGCUACUCUAUCGCAAACUCCUUCGGCAUCACGGAGGCCAACAUUGACUCAUUCAACAAGAAGACCUGGGGCUGGGCUGGCUGUGCACUUCAAAUUGGGCAGCUUAUCUGUCUGAGCACAGGAGAUCCCCCCAUGCCCGCAGCAGUCGCGGACGCUACCUGCGGACCACAGGUUCCAGGCACGAAGAAGCCGACCGACGGUACUUCUCUUGCGGACCUGAAUCCAUGCCCCCUCAACGCUUGUUGCAACGUCUGGGGCUUCUGCGGAACGACAGAUGAUUUUUGCGUCCCCUCUCCGGCAGACACCGGAGCCCCCGGAACAGCCAAGCCCUUCACAAACGGCUGCAUCUCACACUGCGGCUCAGACGUCGUGAACAACGACGAAGCCCCAGACUCGUUCAAGAGGAUCGGCUACUAUGAGGCGUUCAGCUACGACCGUGACUGCUUGGCAAUGCAUCCCAAGAGCAUCCCCAAAAACAACUUCACACACGUGCACUUUGCCUUUGGGACGGUCACGGAGGAGUUUGACGUCGACAUCUCUGACUACGAAACCGAAUUCAGUGCAUUCAAGGAGGGUGAAUACAAGAAGAUUCUCUCUUUUGGAGGAUGGGACUUUUCGACGGGAUCUGAUACUUUUCAGAGGUUUCGCCAGGCGACUACGUCGGCGUACAGGGGGACUUUUGUAAAUAAUCUCGUCAGCUUUAUGAAGAAGGAAAACAUUGAUGGCUUUGACUUUGAUUGGGAAUAUCCAGGUGCACCUGAUAUCCCAGACGUUCCUCCCGGCAGUGCUAGUGAGGGAGACAACUAUCUUGAUUUUCUCUCUCUUCUCAAGUCCAGGCUCCCAAAAGACAAGACCGUUUCAAUUGCCAUCCCCGCAUCGUUCUGGUACUUACAGGCAUACCCAGUCAAGGACAUGGCCAAAUACGUCGACUAUUUCAUCUACAUGACAUAUGACUUGCACGGCCAAUGGGUGAUAGAUGUGGAUAACAAAUGGGCCAUUCCCAGCUGUGAAGGCGGCAACUGCCUCCGCUCUCAUGUCAACAAGACGGAGACCUACAACGCCCUCUCCAUGCUUACCAAGGCUGGCGUCAAGUCUACCAAGAUUGCCGUUGGAGUGACAAGCUACGGCCGAAGCUUCCGCAUGGCAGAUCAGAAGUGCGAAGAUGCAAUGUGCACGUUCCUUGGCGGAAAGGGGGACUCGAAGGCGUACAAGGGACGCUGCACUAGCACGGCCGGAUACAUCUCGAACGCCGAGAUUACCGAGAUCAUCAACAAACAUGGCAACUACUCUAUUGUGAAGACCUAUAUAGAUGGAAGUUCCGCCUCUAAUAUCCUCGAAUAUGGAAACAACGGGGCAGUCGACUGGGUCGCUUACAUGGACGGAGACCUUAAGGCGGAGCGCAUCAAAUGGAUCCAGACGCUCAACUUCGCCGGCUCCUCAGAUUGGGCUAUUGACCUCGAGACCUUUGCGACCGAGGACACAGGUGAAGAUACUGAUGCCAGCGGAGAGUCCCUCUACGAUGACGACGAGGAAGAUGAUGGCGACGGCGCCGGCUACGGCUGCCUCGACGGGGACAAUCCCGGAACGCUCGAGGGCAUCGCCGACGUCAUCGACAACCUCGAUGACCGUUGUGUCAGCUACUUCACCCUAGACACGCUCAACAACAUGCUCCUCGAGAGUCUGUCCCUCUUCGACGAGAACUCGCACGACUAUGAUGACAAGUUCAAGUACUACGAGGAAUGGAUCAAGGAGCUUGUCGACCCCAAGCUGGACGACUACAUGCGCUUUGGCGACGGGCCCGGCAACCAGUUCUUCACCUGCCACUGGGAGGCUGGUAGCAGGAGCGGCACCGACCCCUGCACGGGCGUGCCGCACUUCUGGGAGCUGGAACAGUCGUUCAGCAUCGAGUACGAGCUGACAGACGAGGACGGCUUCUACGACGACGUGGCCGCGACUCUGGGCAUCGACAAGGACUGGAUAGCCUGGGGCGACAGGGGUAAGGACUACGACUGCGCAGCCGAGGCCGAGGACAUGCCUCGGCGGCCCUACAUAAACGGGAACGCGCCCGUCUGCCGCCGCAUCUACCGGCGCCGGCUCAACGUGCCGGUCAAGGCCUCGGACGACGACAUCGUGGUGGCGAACCCGAAGGAGAUGAUUGAAAGCGCCUGGACGAACAUCACGACGCUGCAGGAGACGCUCUUUUCGACCUUGGCCGAGGUGGCCAUCGACAUCUUCAAUGACGCCACCGUCCAGGUCCCGGAGCUCGAGGCCGUUGUCGCCUUCGCCAUGCCGGUGCUGCAGCUGGCCGAGUCCAUUGACAGCAUGAAGGACAUCAAGGAUAUUGGCGAGCGGGUCAUGGAAGAGAAGAAGCGCGAGCUGAUAUUCAAGAUCCUCACCUUCGUUUUUAUGGCCCUCCCCUUUGUCGGCGAAGCACUGGGCCCCCUGGUGGGCAGCGCGACGGCACUGGCCCGCAUAGCGCUGCUCGUCAGCGAGGCCGGGAACGCGGCCGUCACCAUUGCCGACAUCAUAAAGGACCCGACGUCUGCGCCCUUUGCCAUGUUGGGGCUCAUUGUCGGCGCGGCGGGCGGCGGCGGGAAGUUGUCCAAGACGGAGAGCUUGGGGGAGGCAUCUAAGGCGCGGGGGCUGAUGAAGGCGGCUGAUUUGGCCAAGUUUCCGCAGAGGUUCCGCGAUAGGGAUGCUUUGGUGCAGAAGAUUUCGGGGAAGUCGAUGUGCAGUGUUAUUUAA